UUCUUUGGGGUUUGAUUGGUCGUCGGCCCAGCUGGCCCAAAAAAAAAAAACUUGACACCUGGCAAAUUUCCAACCAUCGAUCGGCCCAACUGGGUUAAAAGCCCUAAAUCUCUCUCACACGAUCAGUCUCUACCGUCACUCUUGUUCUCUCCUCAGUCUUCCAAGCUCAGCCUCUGCGCCUCUGCCUCUGACCGGAGCUCCUCCUCCCCCUUCUUGCCGGGUGAAAACAAAAUGCCACUGGGGUUGAUAUUAGGCUUAGGAAGGGCAUUUCGAAGAAAGCGGCCAUCAUCCCUUGACAUUCUCUCUUCAAAGAGGGCGCCGCGAGAUUACUACAAGGGGAAGAACUGCAAACCAACUGGAUUCCAUACCCGCAAAGGUGGAUAUGUUGUGGUGAAUGAAAAGCUGCCUAAUUAUGUAGUCCCAGAUUUGACUGACUUCAAGCUAAAGCCUUAUGUCUCACAGUGCCCAAGAGAAGUUAAAACUGCAGAGGCAACUGAUGCGGCAAAAUAAAGCCAACAUGUCCACUUCUAAUACUCUGGUGAUUUUUGUGCCGAACAACUUUUGAGUAUUUUUGAGAAAAAAUAAUAUCAAAUUUGGAUUUUACUUCCCAAAUUAGUAGAUUAUUAGCCUAAUGAGUACUUUCGCCUCUUGUUUCAUAAUUUUAAUAGUUGUCUCUCUAGAAUGAAAUAGACAAUGUGAAAAAUUUGGUUGGAUGAAAGUACGUCACUUGUAUGCCUCCCUCAUUCCCCUCAUUAACUUUGAAUGGAAGGAAUACUAUUUAAUGUCAAAA